AUGUCGGCGCCCAGGAUCAGUCGACUGACUGUCGGACGCAACACACCACCUUAUAUUGGUAUAGGACAAUCUCGACCCCGCCUCGGCUGGCGAUUUGAGAGUGGGGAUACAGACACCAAGAAUUGGAUCCAGUCCGAAUACGAGCUAGUCAUCCAGCGCACAUCGGGAGAGAACAACACUUACCGAGUCAAGUCGGAAGCCAGCGUCGAUAUAGCCUGGCCAGACAAGGAGGCGUCUCUGGAAUCGAGAGAACAGGUCAGUAUCCGCGUCAGAGCUCGAGGGAAUGACGGGUGGACCGAAUGGCACGAGGAAAGCGUCGAGACGGCCUUGUUGGCGAAAGAGGACUGGGCAGCCAAGGUGAUCACGACGGACGUCGCUCAACUAUCGCGCAUGGCCAAGAGACCAUUCUACACGAGGACAACGUUCAACUUAGAUCAAAAAGCCCUGGACGAGAUUCGGUGCAGAGGUGGAGCGCGUCUCUACGCCACCGCACUGGGAGUGUACAAGCUCGAAUUGAACGGAGAACGACUAGGGGAUCAUGUCUUGGCCCCAGGCUGGCAGAGCUACCAUCAUCGAUUGCAUUAUCAGACGUAUAAAGUACCUGCGGAUCGACUUUGUGUCGGCGAAAACGUCCUCGGUGCGAUCGUCGGCGAAGGUUGGUAUGCCGGGCGAUUGACCUGGGCACCUGAACAACGCAACGUCUGGGGUUCCGAAAUAGGCGUACGGAUCCAGCUGGAGAUGCCUCACGACACAGUGCUCAGUGACGAAUCUUGGCAAUGGUCUUACGGGCCCAUCAUCAGCAGCGAGCUCUACGAUGGAGAAGUUUUCGACGCUGGUUUGAUUGAUGCUCAUUGGUCGACUUCCGUGUCCGGGUCCCAACCAUCGUCCUCCUCCUGGCGCCCAGUCAAGACCAUCCCCAUGGCUUCUUCGAUCAGUCUCAUCGCUCCUGAAGCUCCGCCCAUCCGUAUAACCGAUAUGCUCUCCCCCAAGGAGAUCAUCACUUCGCCCAAGGGCAAGACGAUCAUCGACUUUGGUCAAAACAUAUCCGGUUGGGUUCGCAUCCCCGACCUGCCCGCUGAUCCUCACGACGAGGCGGAUCACUUCAAAGGGUCGAUCAACAUGCGGUUCGCGGAAGUCUUGGACCAGGGAGAGAUCGGUAUGAGACCGCUUCGGACUGCCAAAGCGACGGAUCAAGUGUUUUUCAGUGACAAACCUGGAGGCAUGUGGGAACCAUCUUUCACGACCCAUGGUUUCCGAUACGUAGAAGUCACGGGGACGCCUGUCGAUCACAAGACCUUCCAGGCGGUUGUGGUCCAUUCAGACUUGGAGCGCCUAGGUGACUUUGGCUGCGAUCACGCAUUGGUCAACAAGUUGCAUCAGAACGUUGUCUGGGGUCUGAGGGGCAACUUUGUGGGACUGCCCACAGACUGUCCUCAGAGAGAUGAGAGGCUUGGCUGGACCGGGGACAUCAACAUGUUCGCACCGACAGCUUCCUACUUGUAUGACUGUCAUGGUUUCCUCUCGAAUUGGCUGCAUGAUCUUUCAGCUGAGCAGCUUCUUGACAAUAUGGGUGUUCCGCCAGUGGUAUCACCUGAUCCAGCCUCGGGAUCGACAUUCAAGCGACCAUUCCCUCAAAGCGUCUGGUCCGACGUCAUCGCGAUGGGUCCAGAUUCACUUUACCAAGCGUAUGGAGGCACCAUGAUCCUCGAAGAGCUGUUCAGCAGCAUGUGUGUGUGGCUGGACAAGGGAAUUCCCCGCGGGGCAAAUGGGCUCUGGCACAAUCCACCAGAUGGAUUCCAGUUUGCCGACUGGCUUGACCCUCGGGCGCCACCUGAUGAUGCAGCCGCUGCGAUGACAGAUCAAUUUCUCGUCGCAGAUGCCUACCUCGUCGGCGUGACGAGACUGGUAUCUCGCAUCGCCUCACUCGUCGGCAAGACGGACAAAGCUGGACGGUAUGCCGAAGAUCACGAUCGUCUGCGAAAAGAAUUCAGAAACGAAUACGUGACGGUCAAUGGUCGACUGGCGUCGGACAGUCAAACUGCUAUUGUCCUCGCUCUCCAAUUUGACCUCCUUGACCAGCAUCAGAUCCCUCAUGCCGUCGAUCGACUGGUUCGACUGGUGACGAAAAAUGACUUUAGGAUCGGGACAGGGUUUGCAGGGACACCUGUGAUACUCGACAUGCUCCAUCGUCACGGUGCCUUGGACAUUGCCUACAAGAUGCUCCUGACGACCAAGUGCCCAUCCUGGUUGUACCCUGUCACCAUGGGCGCUACGACGGUCUGGGAACGAUGGGACAGUCUGCUCCCAGAUGGCAGUAUCAAUCCCGGGGAGAUGACCUCGUUCAAUCAUUAUGCCCUCGGAGCAGUCGCCAGGUUCUUCCACAACGUUAUAGCGGGUCUCUCGCCUCUGGAUCCGGGUUGGAAGAAGAUGAAAAUCAGUCCUCAGCCGGGUUCAAAGGGAGAAUUCGCGUCGGCUUGGACCUGGCACAUGACGCCAUAUGGUAAAGCGACGGUCAAGUGGGAGAUGAACGGCGGGAAGCUGGAUCUUGAGGUCGAGAUCCCGCCGAACACGACUGCAGAGGUUCAUCUGGGAGAGCAAGUGGUCAAAAAGGUCGGUUCGGGGCACUACCACUUUACUGUCUAG